UGUCGCCAUCGAUCAAUGACAUUUUGUGUAGUUGAAUUUAUUGAUAUAAAGCGUUAAUGUAAAUAAUAAACAAUUUUUACUUAAACAUCGGCUUUCAGUCGAUAUGUAUGCCAAGGGCAAAGGCUCUACGGUACCUUCGGACGCACAGGCUCGUGAGAAAUUAGCCCUUUAUGUGUACGAGUACUUACUACACGUCGGGGCGCAGAAAGCCGCGCAGACUUUCCUUUCGGAGAUCCGAUGGGAGAAAAAUAUAACACUCGGCGAACCGCCUGGGUUCCUUCACUCAUGGUGGUGUGUCUUCUGGGAUCUUUACUGUGCGGCGCCAGAGAGGAGAGAUACUUGUGAACACUCAUCGGAGGCGAAAGCUUUCCACGACUAUGGCUUUGUCAAUUCUGGAUAUGGUGUCAAUGGAAUCGGUCACAACGCUGGCCCAGCACCACCCAAUGACGGAAUGGGUGGUGGAGGUAUGCCUCCCGGAUUCUUCCCCAACUCAUCACUACGACCGUCACCGCCAGCUCCGCACCCGGGCUCGCAGCCCUCACCACAUGGACCGCAGCCACAAUUAUCACACAUGGGCACUGGACAACCUUUUAUAGGACCUUGGUACUCCGGAGGACCACGAUCAGCAGUGAGAAUGGGCAUGGGCAAUGAUUUUAAUGGGCCACCUGGCCAGGGUAUGAUGGGCAACUCGCUGGAGCGGGGCGGAAGCGGCGCGAUGCUGGGGGGGCCGCGCAUGACGCCGCCGCGCCCUGGCAUGGGCCCCAUGUCCCCGGGCACCUACGGCACUGGCAUGCGCGGCCCGCCACCUCAGGGACCAGGUAUGCCACCAAUGGGAAUGGGGCCCAGAGGCGCGUGGGCCGGCGGCAGCGGCGCGGCGGGGGGAGGCUCGGCCCCCCUCAACUACAGCGGGGGGUCGCCCGGCGCGUACGGAGCCCCCCCAGGAUCGAACGGCCCACCCGGACCACCAACACCGAUAAUGCCAAGCCCACAGGACUCGUCAAAUUCCGGCGGCGACAACAUGUACACGCUGAUGAAGCCGGGCGGCGCGAUGGGGGCGGAGUACCCCAUGGGCGGCGAGCACCCCGCGCCGCAGCACAUGCCCCCCGCCAACAACGAAGGUUUGGGAGGAGUAGACGGUAUGAAGUCGUCGCCGGGCGGCGUCGGCGGGGGAGGGCCGGGGACUCCCCGCGAGGACUCGGGCUCCGGGAUGGGCGAUUACAACUUAGGUUUCGGUGGGCCCGGCGGCGACCAAAACGACCAGACGGAAUCGGCGGCCAUUUUAAAAAUAAAAGAGAGCAUGCAGGAGGAGGCCAAGCGGUUCGAGAAGGAUCCCGACCACCCGGACUAUUUCAUGCAGUGAAUGUGCAAAAUGCGCCAACCCACGUCACUUGCGGGUGACAUCGUCAUUUAGUGUCAUCUGGUGACGACAGUGUCAUCUGGUGGCAGAGUCAUUGGGUGACGGCAUCGUCAUCUAGUGGCAGAGUCAUCUGGUGUCGAUAUCGUCAUCUGGUGGCGGAGUCAUCGGGUGACGGUAUUGUCAUCUAGUGGCGGUGUCAUGUGACUUACCAUUUUUGGCGCCAAUUUUACCAAGGUGUUAAUCCAUUAAAUGUGUUUCUUUCGUUCUUCGUAAUGUUGGAAGAUAUAUUAACAUUAUAUAUACUAACAUUAUCGCGUUGGUGAAAUUGGAGCUAAGGUCUAUUUGCGCCAGUCUGUGUUGUUUAAAUAUCAUGUAUAUUCCUUCGUAUUUAUGAAAGAGAAGAGAUAAUAUUCGACAAAGAAAUGGGACGGGCGCAAGUGGGGUAUUAGUUACCGUCCUUUACACAUAGAUUGUUAAGAACGUCACAAACUUAGUACAUUAUUUAAUACAUUCGUAACAUGUGUUUCUACGGCUACGUGUAAAGGACCUUAAUUAUGCAUACCAACAGUCGAAUCUGCUACUUAAAUUCAUCAUUACAGCUUUGAUAAAAUUUCGAUUUUGAUUCGCUAUAGGAAUGUCACCUAACGUCAAGCGAGUUCUGAUUGGUCAAAAUUCCAGAAUGACAUUCUCUCGUACGUGAGAAUAAUAUUUUCCUGUUUGAAUCCAAACAUUAUCAGAGCUGUAUUAAGUUGCGUUUCCACAAAGAUGUGUUGCGAGGAAUGUGUUUUUAAGAUCCAAUAGGAUCGCCGCGCAGAGCGAUUUCAU